CUCUUUAAUGACCAUGAGUGAUUUAAAAAAAAUGUUGUAAUGAAAAAAAAAAAGCUAAAGAGGAACAAAGUUUGUUGUUUGCAGGGUCAGAGAGGAUUUGUUUUGCUUUACGAGGGAUGCAAAUGUUUUUUAAUUUAACUUUUUAGUUAAUCUUUUACUAGUUUUGUGCUGUAAUGGCUGCAAAAAACAUGUGGAAGUUACAUUUUCUUUUCCACGAUUUCAAAUUUUAAAGAACUGGAUAACUUUAAUAAUAAUUAAUGGUACUGAAAAUAUAAAUAUUAGGGACAUUUUAAAACAUUUGUAUGUUUUAGCAGUGGUGAAUGAUUAAUGUCCUUUGAUUUAUUGAUUUUUGUUGUUUGUGUUUCUUCUAAAGGCCCUAUGUAUGUUUGAAAAGGAUUUUCAUGCAAAUACGGAUUCACUUUAUUUUAUCGUCAGAAAACAAAGAGCACAGUUGUAAAAUUUCCUGUAGCCCCGUACGCUCUAAUUUAAAUCUUCAGAAAAAGCGUAUUGCUGAACAGCCACUGAUUAUAUACGUGUAAGUUAGACACAUAUCUCGCUCGGUAUGCAAAUUCUCAGGUCAGGCUGGAGUAUUGGUGGUAUUCCUCGGUCGAGUGUGCAAUAAAAGAGGUUUUUGUUGUUCUCAGAUUGUGAUCUCUAAUAGAGAGAGAGAGAGAGAUGCUCAGAUGUCUAUCUGAUCUGUGCUGCUUCUCAAAAAGAAGAAGUGUUGUGCCGCAGUCCACGGUGACGUUAAAAACAUUUAAAUUGACCAGCCUUCUCUACCUGUUCAUGUGGAUGAACGGUGAACAGGUAUUGGAGGUCUGCAACAUAUAUAUACCUGUCCAAACACUGUACACCUGCACUAGUCCAGCAGUGUUCACCUAUUAGGACAGAAAUGGCCUCGACUGAAGGCAACACUCAGACAUACAAGAUGACUUCCUUGGACAGCGACAUCAACCAACACUUCCAGGAUGCAAUUGAUGUGAUUCAACAUCAUUCAAAUAAUUCAUAUUAUGACUCAGAUUACGCAUAUUAUGAGACUUUGGGUACCCAGCAGCCAUCGCUUCAAUGUCAGAUCUCCUGCUGCCUCGUCACACACCCGUCCGAUGUACCAACUCCUGUAUACGACUGGAAUGAAGUGGCUCAGCAAUCUUGGCCUCAGGUCAUCCCUGAUGUCUCCCUGGGUCGCUCUGUGCAAAAUGAAUCCCCUCGUUUCUACUCAAUCGUACCACCACAGAGGAGCAGCAAAGGUCGUAAGAAGCUCAGACUUUAUGAAUACCUCCACGAGGCGCUGAAUGACCCCAACAUGGGCGACUCAAUCCAGUGGACAGACAGUGGCAGCGGCACCUUCCACUUCAUCUCCAAGAACAAAGAGAAGCUGGCCGAAUGCUGGGGCCAACGCAAGGGCAACCGCAAGACCAUGACCUAUCAGAAGAUGGCAAGAGCUCUGAGAAACUACAGCCGCACCGGUGAGAUCAUGAAAGUGAGGCGCAAACUCACCUACCAGUUCAACCCAGACAUCCUGCACAGGCUCGGCUCCGCACAGGUGCCCGUGCACCUGCCCUGCCAUCCUGCACAAGAGGAGGUCCACACCCGGCAGCAGCAGAACUCGGCUGAACAGAGCUACUGCGGCUCUGCAGCGGCAGACUGGCACGGCUGGUACGGACACUACCAGGUGCAGGAAGACUACGACCUGGCCUCCAGCUUCACUUCACACAGCAUAACCAAACUCUGAGCUGGAGGAGGGAGAAAACAUCUUAAAAGUUUGAAAAGGUUUUCAAAGACUUUAAUUUUUCUGGGUCCUUGCAUAAACAGUAACACUGCUCAGUUUAAAUAUACUUUAUUUCAGCAUUUUGUGUUCCUUAUAGAUAUAAAUUAAUUUGUAAAUGCUCAAAAUAUAAGUGAACAACUGUGUUUUAGAUCCAAACUGGCGGAAUCUAACUAAUAAUUGUCAAUUUUGGAAAAGAUUUACUUACCUAUUUACAGAUAUUUGUCUUGCAGCUAAUGGCAGCACAUGUUUUAACUUUUAAUGUUGACUUGACAAGUCAAAUUUUUACAGAUCUCAGACUUCAGAGUCAAUUAACAAAAGAUUUAGGUUAAAAAAUAUUUUAAAACAAUCUUUAUUCAACAUCUUUAAGUAUCGUUUGUGGCUUAUAUGAAUAUGAAACAUGAACAAAACUAAUUUACAGAGCCAAAUUCAGUCAGUCAGUCUGUUUUCCAUUUUUAUUUCUUACCUAUCUCUACCUGUAUUUUCUAAUUUUAGAAGAUGUAUAAUAAAAUUACAGAUGCAUUAAUGUAAGAUUCACCCCCUA